AUGACACUAGGACAAGUUUUAUAUCGGGAUGUCUUGUCGGGAGAUGUACUUGUAACAAAUUAUUAUAAAAUUGAGAAGGUGUUUUAUGGGAGUAUUUACAAGGUGAAAUCUCAUUUCAUGAUUAGAGAUCCUUCAUCAUUUGAUGUAUCUUCAUCUCCUCCUGUGGGCGAUUCCGAAGAAUAUCACGCCAAACAUUUAACGAACAAAGUGUUACGAUAUUCUGUGGUUGAAAAAUUUGGAUAUCACGAAUGUACUUUGAAAAAGAAAGAAUUUCUCAUGAUGAUGAAUGUUUAUAUCGGAACGUUGAAAAGUCUUGUCGAACAGUCUGGAGAUGAGGAAAGAGAAAAAUCUUUCUUGAUGGGAUCCACAUUGUUUCUACAAACAAUUUUGUCAAAUUUCAGUAAUUACAGAUUUUUCGUUGGACCAUCCAACUCAAUUCCCAAAGGAAUGAUUAUUGUUCAAAACUGUUCCACGGAUUUGAUUACACCUGAAUUCUAUUAUUUCGUAGAUGGUUUGAAAGAAGAGAGUUUUCAAUCUAAGCAUGCUGACCAAUCAGGCACCUCACCUGGAGGUUCUUCAUUAAUGUCAAUGACACUUGAACACCAUCAAGCGACAGAGAGUGAAAAAUCGGACUCUUAUGGAAGUUUUUCUAGCACUGGAUCAAUCAAUAAUAACAAUGAAAUGAUGUAA